AUGUCUUUCUUCACCCUCCCACCGAAACAGUCCAAGGCACUGCGCAUCGUCAAUCCCGAUACAGGAACAGAAGAGCGCCCUGCUGUCCCUACGCCCACCUCUAAACCAACGACACCCACCAACAUCGUCGGCCAAAGCGUCAAGGGCAAAUUCAAGGAUGGAGCCCCGAAACCCAAAACGUCGGCAAAAGCAAAAGCAAAGGUCGCACAAGUCCUUUGGAUCCCCCCGCCGCCAGGGUCGACCGGUCCAGCCUUUGAUGCCGAUGAACACUACGCUCGGGGCUUCGACGUUUACGCACCAUCCUUCGUGCCAACAUCCCUCAAGAAAGUCAACCAGUUACAAGGCACCGUUCUCGACACCUUUCCAAGGACAUUCGUCGAUUACCUCCAGUACCUUUCUGGGGCCUUGCCUACAGAUCUUCUGCCCACUCCUCCACAGCCCAAGCCAGCCGGCCAUCCUUCCGAGACUCCCUUUCUUUCGCCCCAGCAUUACGAAAAGUAUUUUCGUUCUCUAAUAGAGGUCGAGCUGAGCUAUCAAAGGAACGAGAAUGCCUCUUACUGCCUCUACGGCCACACAUGCAUACUGAAGCUCGCUAGACCGGGAAGCCUAGAUGAGCCGACGGUGACCCUCACGGUCCCCGGGCUUCGCGAGAACACUCCGAACGUUGAAGUGGAAGAUGAGGUGCAGCUGCGCCAGUUGAGGUUCAGCGCUGAUGGGCACUUGCAAUCCAUCUUCCCCUGGACCGGACACAUCUACAACGCCCGGGUCUCGGCAGUGGUUAUGGCAACAGAGACCGUCGUCCUAAGAGUAGGCGGAAUCAGCCAUCACACUGCCGAAGUUAUUACUCCUACCAUGAUACCGCCUUGGCCGACCGAGUUCGUUGCUAAGUUCAACGUUCAGUUCUUCGUGCCAAUGACCCGAUACACGCCCAUGAUGGACGUGCUCCCACAUAUCACCGAGUCGCUGGAUCUGGCGGAACAAGUCCUUAAGAAUGCCUUUGAUGCCCUGGAUUCCUUCAUCGACGAGGUUACUAGAAACGGCACCGCAAAACCCAGGACAGAUGGCCUGUCCACUACCAACGUGUACUGGAAACAGUCCAUGUUGUUCCCCACGGAAGCAGACUGCAAUUCCCAAACCAACAUCGUCAACUGGCUAGAACACUACAACAGUUCGCGUUUCGACGAAUCCUUAAACUACGAACAACGUAUCGCAGUCGACUCUGUCCUUUGCCAGAACUACGGCACCAUGCCCUAUCUCAUCUCCGGUCCGCCCGGAACAGGCAAGACCAAGACCAUGAUCGAAAUCGCCCUCCAGCUGGUCCGCAACGUCCCUGAUUGCAGUCACAUUCUCGUUUGCGCCCCAUCAGAACCAGCAGCCGACACUUUGGCCGAUCGUCUUUCCAAGUCCAUGAACCGCACUGAACUUCUCCGUCUCAACCGACCUACCCGCGACUCACGAGAGGUUUUGGGAAAUCUCCUCCCUUACUGCUACAUCCAAAACGACGUCUUUGCUUUACCUCCCUUCGCCCAACUCAUGUCCUAUCGCAUUAUCGUCACCUCCUGCCGGGACGCCUCCAUGCUCAUGUAUGCCCGCUUGACGAACUCGGACCUCUACACCGUCUCCUCCACGUUGCAACAACAGAUCCACCCCACCCUGCCACCCCCCACGAAAAGCCGUCUACACUGGGGGGCUCUCCUAAUUGACGAAGCCGCCCAAGCAAUGGAGCCCGAAGCUUUGAUCCCGCUUCACGUCGUCUCGCCCCCUCUCAAAGGCCCCGAACCGGUAUUCACCCCACUAGUAAUAAUGGCCGGCGAUGAACAACAACUCAACCCACGCACCUCCUGUCCUUCAACCCCUCUCCAACAAUCCCUCUUCGCCCGCCUCUUCAAACGGCCCGUCUACUCUAACCACCCCCUCGCCCGUCGCUUGGCGAAAGACGCCCAGCCGCCAAGGCAGCAAUACCAACUCCAUCCUGACUUACUCCCCAUCUUACGUCCCCCCUUCACAAACUUGAUAAGGAACUACCGCUCACACCCCGCGAUAUUGGCAAUGCCUUCCAAGCUCUUCUACUUCGACACUCUAGUUGCCGAAGCCGACCACGCCGAACGUAACAGACUAUCGUCCUGGACAGGCUGGCGCGGUCGUCGCUGGCCUAUACUGUACCACGACAAUCCCUCACCCGAUGACUUGGAAGCGCCCUCACCCUCUUCCGGUCCCUCCUCCAGCAGCUCAACUACAGGAGGCUGGUUUAAUGUCGGCGAAGCGCACUUAGCGUGUCAAUACGCGCUAUCGCUGUUCCGGUCGGGAUUGGUUAAGCAAAAAGAGAUAUGUAUCAUGUCUCCGUUCAAGGCGCAGGUUAGACUGAUAAGAAGUUUGAUAAGAAGUGAUCAGUACGGAGGCAUGUGGGAGGUUAAUGUUGGUCCGACGGAAGCGUUUCAGGGGCUGGAGCAUGGGGUUGUUAUUCUUUGUGUGACGAGAUCCAGAAAAAGGUUUGUGGAGAGGGAUCGGGGGUUGGGGUGGGGGGUUUUGCCGGGCCGGAUUGAUGGGCAGAAAGGAGUGGGGGUAGGGGAUGAGGGCAGUGGUGCGGGCGGUGGCAUAAGGAAUAAACUCAAUGUUGCAUUAACAAGAGCCAAGUUCGGACUUAUCGUGCUGGGGAGUAGGGAGGUUAUGAUGCCUGAUGAGGAGGUGGAGGAGGAUGGCUCUGAUGACGAUGAGGACGGCGACGAUGACGACAACGACGACUCGGACUCAAAAGACGACGGCGCUCAAUGGGAGAAUAAUAUCCGCGAGGAGGAGGAUGGUGCCUCCAGCGAUAUGAGGAAAGGGAAAGAAAAGUACACAUCAGGCACGGGAACAACAGGAGGAGAAGAAGGAACAGAAUGGGCACAAAUCAUCGCCUUCUGCGAGCGCAACGGUUGCAUAGCCGAUAACAACCCUGUCUCAAUUCACGAACCAGCACGAGGUCCAGCACAAGGCCGUCAAACCCGUUUGAAGCAGAAUGGAGCGUGGCAAGGUCUGGGAGACUUGUCCAAGUGGGAAACGGAUAUGCUUCUUCCUGGAUCUGGACCGAGAAGGAAUGAGCAUUCUAUGUCGUCGUUUGACGGUGGAAGUGGUGGUGGAAGUGGUGGUGCCAGUGGAAGUGCUAGCGCCAGUGGGACGGCGGAGUGGACUGGGAGUGAUGCGGAUGAGGAGUUUUAG